AAGAAAAUGUUCCAAGUAAUGUUGCAAUUACAGGUAAUACGUCAGAUUCUGACAUAUCUGACCAAGUGUUACUUGAUCUUUCCCGAGGAGAGAUGACCAAACUCGUAAAGGGGAGAAGUGACGGAGACGAUUUAAGAAAGCGACGUACAGCGCUCAAGAGAAAACUAUCGAGCAUCAGAACCAGAUCUGAGCAAAAAGAAGCUAUGGAACUUAAGAGGCGACUAGAUGAGAAAACUGAAAGAACCACAGCCUUAAAACCCUGGUAUUGUAAGAAGGUUUCUGUGAAGCAUGCGAAGAAGUUCAAACUGCUUUUAGAACUGUGGGAAAGUGAUCCUGAAUCGAUAACAAUAGUAAAUGAUAAUGGCGUAUGUUUCAAAGAAGAGUUCGCAAUAGGCAGGGGCAGUUAUGGCACAGAGGUGUACAUUUGCUUGGGCUCGGACGGAAUAGAACGAGCAAUAAAACGUUUGCCAAAACUCUUGUGUAAGAAAUUCUUGGAGAAUGAACGAGAUAUCUUGAAUUCUCGGAAUGCAGUCGAGUCGCCGCAAAUUGUAAAUUAUUGUUUCUACGAUGACACUUCCAACCCUGAUUUCGGUUAUUUGAUUCUGAGCUUAAAUGAACAGAAUCUGGAAGAAUUUAUCAAGGAGGAAGGCGAAAGGAUGACAGAGUCGCGUGCUAGAAAGAUGAUACGUCAAGUGUUGUUAGGGCUGAAAGCAUUACACGCUAGAGAGCCUAGAAUUCUGCACAGAGACCUGAAGCCAACUAAUAUACUUGUUGAUGUGGAUGGUAAUUUACUGCUGUCUGAUUUUGGUAUUGGACGCUUUUUCCCAAAACAAGGUAUUUUCACAAGAUAUAUAUUUUAUAUAUAUACAUAUAUAUAUAUAUAUAUAUAUAUAUAUAUAUAUAUAUAUAUAUAUAUAUAUAUAUAUAUAUAUAUAUAUAUAUAUAUAUAUAUAUAUAUAUAUAUAUAUAUAUAUAUAUUCAUCGUAUAUGUAAAUAUUUAGUAUGACUAAACAUGACCUGCAAAAACUCACCUGUGUAGAUGCUUUUUGACUUUUAAUUGUUUUAUGAUCAUUACAGUGCUUUAUAUGUAUUGGGGGUUGUAUGUUGCAUUUUGGCUAACCCCUUGUGUUGUCCCAGGAAAUAUGUAAAUGUCCCCAGGGCCAGGACUGAGUACAGGGUUCCCAAUAGAAGCCUGCACCUGGUAAAUUUUGCUGCCUAUAAUGUAGACAGUCUCCGUUGUCACUUGAAAUUAUUUCCUUGCCACAGAAAUGUCAAGGGAAAGGUUUAUUAUACUGUAAUUAAACCAUAAUUUUUACACGAUAUUCUUUGUUUGUGGUGUUUCUCCAAGUGUGCAUCCAGCUGAAAAGUUUGCCUGACCAUGGUGGGAAUCAAACCCACGACCUUUGGGAUACUAGUCCAAUGCGUGACCGUGUAGCUUAGUUGCUAGAGCAUUGGACUAGUAUCACAAAGGUCGUGGGUUCAAUUCCCACCUUGGUCAGACAAACUUUUCAGCUUGCCCGGUGUGGAUGCACACUCAGAGUUAAGUGUUAAUUGUUUAAUUAUUAAGUGUUUUGGACGAAAUCUCAAAAACAACUGUCCAAAAUAGUUGAAAUACCAUUUUAAAAGGUCUAUAUUUCAGCAUCUUUGGGGGAAGACAAUCUCGGACCCCCCUAGGACCUUUGGCAUCAUAGAGCUGCCUACUUCUUUCAAAAAGCCUCCUACUCCAAAUUUUAUUGGGAACCCUGAGAGUAUGUCUCUCAAGGGCCAUACACAAGGCCCUUGUAUCCCUGUCAAUCUGAAGUCCCAUAUACAAGCAGCUAAAUUUAGAAAUUGCACUUAUCCACUAUAUGAGGCCUAAAAAAAUACCUGCGGUUCCCGACCGACACUAUUUUUUCUGCUGACCCUAUUAUUUUUUCAACGCGAUUGACUGUGCGACCCUAUUUUCUCCGGGUUGUUGCAGGCUGCUCAUACAGUGUGCCAAAAUGGCGUCUGUUGUCACACUAAUUAUUGAACCAAAUUGUCUAAAUUCGUCCAUAGGAAAUACGCAUCUCAUUCUCUAGUUAAUAUUGAUCUUGGGACUCUACUGCAAAUCACCCAGCAAAAAACCGCCAAAACCAUGAAAAACUACCGACCCUAAUUUUUUCACGAUAUGAAACCGGAACCACAGGUAUUUUUUUAGGCCUGUCAGCAAUAAGAAGAAGUCUAUUCUAGAAAAUAUCUGCAAUCCCCCUCCCCGCCAUGGAGGAGACUUAAAUUUGACCCCCAUCCCAGUACAUUUUUGUAUGAGAAGUAGAUUUCCUUGCACUUAACUUCUUAUCUGAGACUGUCAAACAAAGUGAAAUAGUAAAAGAUUAAAUGGGUCAAUUUUACUUCUUUACAGGUGCAACAACAUACCAUACCAGUAACGAAAGUGGUUCACAAGGCUGGGUUGCGCAUGAAUGUAUUGACUGGAAUGGAUUGUGCUCUGAUAACCCUUCAGAUACACCAAUACAACUCAGGUGGAAAGAGAAAUCAGAUAUCCAAGUCGCAGGCAUGUUAUCAUUUUACAUCUUGACCAAAGGAAAGCAUCCGUUUGGUCCAAAAAUAUCACAAAUGAUGAAUUUGCACAAGGACAAUCCAGUUGGUUUAAGAGAGCUCGAUGAUCCUGUGGUCAAAGACCUGCUGUCUCGGAUGUUGGCUCAGGAGCUAGAUAAACGACCAUAUGUGGAGCAAGCCUUGAAGCAUCCUUACUUUCUCUCUCUUGAAGAGCAGAUGAAACUGGUAGAAGCUGUGGGCAACGAACCUCAAUUAACGAGUUACAAUGGAGUUUACAGACAGCUGAACAACCUUGACCCAUCCAAACCUCGAAGUCUGUUGUUACCAAAGGAUUGGAAAACAGUGAUUGGCCAUGAUGACCUCUACACUUUGUGUAGAGGAGGUUACCGCCUCCCAUCAGCCCAUGACGGUAGCCAAUAUACCGAUUGCCUUCGAUUGAUACGAAACACAUUUCAGCAUCGACAUGGCAAACUACGUCAAUUGAAAAAGAAGGCACCGGCUACUUCUUCUGUUGAGGAAUAUUUUUUUCAGUUAUUUCCGAAACUCCCAUUUGUUCUUCAUGAAAUAAUCAGAGAGUAUCCCAACUGGAAAAUGCUCCCUGCCUUGAAGGAGUUUUUUCCUGUGAUAAACCGUUGUGUGGUGUCUGAUGUAGAAUAAAGCAUACACAAUGUGUCAGGUUAGUAUAUUUCAUCAUAGUUUUCAGCAUUUUUUUAUUACCAUCAGGGGUGGAGCUGGAGGGGGUGUGGAGGCCUGGAGGGGGAGGGCGGUGGAACACCCCUAAUAGUCGUCAGGCGGCAAAUCAUUGUAUCCCAGUCAGGAAAUUGUUUUCCCAGUAGGCAAAACAUGAAUUGGAUAGGAAGGAAAAAAAUAAAGUAUUUGAGUGAAACUGAUUAAAAACUAAGAAUUAUAGCUGAAAUUUGGGGGAGUUUACAAAAUUAAGGAAAAAUUAACUAAAGGACCAAGGGGUACGUUGACGCUAAAAAUAAUGAAAAAUAUAAUUUCAUAUAAAUAAAAAUAUAUAUAAAUAAAAUAUAAUUUUAAUGUAUUUAGGCACUCCCCCCCCCCCCAUUUAAAUAGGAAGGACUAGCUCUGUUCCUGAUCACCAUAAGGCGUAAAAAAACCCCUGUGGUUCCGGUUUCAUAUCGUGAAAAAAUUAGGGUCGAUUAGGGGUUUGAUUAUUUUUUUCAUGGUUUUGGCGGUUUUUUGCUGGGCGAUUUGCAGUAGAGUCCCGACAUCAAUAUUAACUAGAGAUGCGUAUUUCCUAUGGACGAAUUUAGGCAAUUUGGUUCAAUAAUUAGUGUGACAACAGACGCCAUUUUGGCACGUUGUAUAUAGCAGCCCGCAACCACCUGGAAAAAAUAGGGUCGCACAGUCAAUCGCGUUGAAAAAAUAAUAGGGUCGGCAGAAAAAAAUAGGGUCGGUCGGGAACCGGAACCACAGGUAUUUUUUUUUACGCCUAAUAUGAAUUCAUCUGAGCCCAUUAUGGUAACAUUUUCAGUGAACAGGUUACUGGAUAAUAAACCACCAUUUUGAACCUUAUUGUUGUAUAACUAUCACAUGUUGUUUCAAAAAUAAAUGUUCUUUUUAUUUGUUAAGAACAAUAAAUGUAAAAUGCAUUUGUUUAUUUUUUCAUAGAUUUGUCAAGGCCACAGCAUUUAAGCGCUGAUUCCAAGGAAACCAGUGCUCCAUCAUGGCUUUAUUGGCAAUUUAAACAACAAUAUAUAUAUUGUGACAAUUGUGAAUUGUCCUUUCUUGUAUACUGUAUAGAGUGUCUAUACAUACCAUGUACAAACUUUUUAAGUGAAAAUUUAGCCUAAAAGGUGACGUUUUAUUUUAACUUAAUAUAUAACAUUAUAAACUCUUAAAAAAAUAUAUAUUAAUCACAAUGAUUAAUGUAGUGACUGAUAGGUUUAAAAACAACAGUCUCAAUUAUAAUAAUUUAGUUAAUUUUAAUUUGCACCUUGAACUUGUAAUUUUAGUUAUAGUAACAUGCACAAUAUAUUCAUCUAUAGCUGUAAACUAUUAUCCAAUUUUCAUCUAAAUGAAACUAAAGUUUGAUUGAUACUUGCAUAUAUAAUUAUUAGUCGCUGGGGCACUCUGUGCCUCCAGGGACUAUAGGUUUCGGCUUCAUCGCGGAUUGUUGGUCACAAAAUGACCUACGUCAUUUUUUUGUCAAACAUUACGUCAUUACUUUCAGUCGCUGGAUUCAAGAUGGCCGCUUACUUGGGAGCGUAUUUGGAAAUAAUUUCAUCGAUUUUGUGCAUAUUUUCUUCAUUUUUUCGAUGAAACUUAAUAGUUUUCCCAUCAGCCAGACUUUAUAAACCGAAAGUUAUCUUAUAUGAGUAAACUUGGAAGGCUGGAAGCCUGAAAUAGACGACAAAAGUUCACAAUUUUCACAAAGUUGGGAACUUCGUAAAUUGCAACAAUAAUAUUCGCAAGUUGCUGUUUAUUUGGAUGUAAAUAGAAUCUGCUUAAUGGGACAAGGGUUUAAUAGAGCUUGUUGCCUUGCUGGCAAAUGAUAUUUUAAAAGCUCUCAGGACAGCUGUUAUCUCACAAUAGGUAUUGUACAAUUCAAACACACAGAACAUAUUAAUUUGUAUAAUAGAUAAAUUUGGCAAAGUUAGUUACAUUGUUGCUAUGCAAUUCAUAACUUUAAAUAUUCAUGCCUAGUUAGUGUUCUUGCAGUAUGUACACAUAGAAUAGAACAGAGGUAACUAAGCAUUUGAUAAGCCCUAUACACUAUAAAAGUCAUUCAUUCAUUCAUGUAGCUAGAUAAUUCUAAAGCUUAGUUAUCUUUGUUCUACUCUUAUCUCUAUGCUUCAGUACACUAGAACAAUGAUAGUUAAGGCUGCAUUCCAGUUACGCAUUUUUCAUAGGUGCGUACAUGCACGUAAAAGUUGAAUUCGCUUAAAAUUUCAUAUAAGUGCAAAUAACCUUAACAAGUACACAUUAAAUCAUACACAAAACUGAAUGCUGUCCUUUUAUAAAUUUAGUUAUUUCAUAAGUAGGAUGUAAAGCAAAUUCAACUUUUACGUGCGUGUACGUACAACAUAUGAAAAACGUGUAACCGGAAUGCAGCCUUAAGGGAUGUCACUUAUGUAAAGUUGUGAAUUGGAUAUAACCAAACUUAGACAAAUUUGUUUAUCGUCUGUAGUCCGGGGACUUGUUUGAUGAACUUUGUUUUAAUUUUUCUAUGAAUCCAAUUUUUGAUAAAAACAAUUUUAUUAUAUGAACACAUAAGCUUAACAAACAAAUAGCAGUCUUAAUCUCAAUCGCAUGCAGCGUAAUAUGCAAUAGCCCCAGCAGGGCCGUAGCGAAGGGGGGUAUUGGGGGGGUGGUUAACCCCCCCCCCCCGACUUUUUUAGAAUUAACAUAUUCGGAAAAUCAGGUUGGUCAUUCGGAAAAUUACAGCAGUAAUAGUAUAGCAAAAUUUUAGUUGUUUAAACAGAGAAAAUAUUAUAAAAUUCUAUUGUCAGUAUCAUAAACUGAUUUACAAAAUCACGGUAUUUACAUGGAUAACAUUUAACAAAUCGUAUAUCGGUAAAUGUUUUUCGGUUUAUUACUUCCCAGGGCCGUAGCAACGGAGGGGGGGGAGGGGGGCAGCCCUCAAUAUAUCUUUAAAAUACUGACAAUUGAUUAAUUUUAAGCGGCUACAUUACCCAUGACAAACCGCAAAGAAUCAUAUUACCCAUAUACGCCUUCGCCCAUUUAGUUUGUAAAAAAUUGUAAGCAAAUUAAUUGUAAAUUUCGACGUGCUAAAACUCUGUUUUCUGACCAUCAGAAUUCUGUCAAAACUUCCCCCAAAAUCCACGAAAUGGCAUUUCAGAGACUCUAAAUUUAAAAAUUUCCUCGGACCUUCGGCCCUCGCCACCCCCUGAGAACUUCCUACGGAACUGCACGCUUCUGUAAUAUGUCUGUGCGUAAAAUAUCAGUAUUUUUGUUUGUAAAUUGCGUUUUCAUUUUCCGUGAAAUAUUCGGAAAUUUUUUCGUCAUUCGGAAAUUUUUGGCCUACACCCCCCCAACUAUGCAUGCUUAGCUACGGCCCUGAGCCCCAGCGACUAACGCUCAAUAGAGCGUCUUGUUGUGUUAUAGAAUUGGGUAAGUCUGCUCUAGGUCUAUUAACCGUGGUCUGCUCAGCAGCCAGUAUUGGAUUGAAUUGGUCCUAAUAAAGCCUGGGGCAUAUAUAGAUCAGUGAUAUUUCCUCAGAAAAUUUUCAAUUUUUUAAGUCCAGAAUGGUUUUGUUUUUGCCGUAAAUCUCUGUACGAGUGUACAAAACUCAUUCUUAUUGAAAUGCCCAUUUUAAAUUAAGAACUGCUCAUUUUGGAAAAUGGAUGCCUUCACCCAUUAAAACCAGGGGCGUUGGAAGCAGGGGGCCGGGCCCCCUCACUUUUUUUAGUUGGGGGGCCUAAAUGUCUUUGGGCCCCCACUUUUUAAGUUUUUAACAAUGGUCAAUAAUAAACCACAAAGUUAAUUGAUAUUAUUUCAGUUAUGUGUGUAGACAAAACAAUUUGAGAUAUUUUAUGACAUUUUGUUGCCUUUUAUAGAACUCUGUAAAUCACCUUCUGAAGUGCCCUAGUUUUGAAAAUUUUUUCGGGGGGCAUGCUCCCAGACCGCUUCUGAAAGUGUGCUCCCCACUUUUAGAGUGCUCCAACGCCCCUGAUUAAAACUGAACUCUUAACCAUUAUUGGUUAUUAUAGAUUUCCCAUAUGGUAAAAUGGUAUAAAAUAUUAUUAAAAAACAUUGUUUUUACUAAUUUACCACAUGGGAAAUCUGGAAUAACCAAUAAUGAUAAGAGUCCAAUUUUUAUUUUUACACCAGUAGAGUAAUAUGAUGGCCACCACAGAGUAGCCAAGGCGAAAAACUACCUUCUGUAAUACAUAUCUAUACCAAAAGUGGGACCCUUGAAUCGGGAUACUAUAGAUACGUUAUCCAGUCUUAUUUCAGAUCAGUGAGUUCAGAUUUGACUUUGGCCUAGUACACAUCUGAUUAAAUCUGAUUGGUUGAUUGGAUAUAUCAAACGCAUCUGAUUGGUUAAUAGAGGUAGAGUCGAAGUGCGGUGCAUGUGACUUUCUACAUUUUGGCGCCAACACCAAAUCACAGAAUAAGGCACUCUGUGACCAAAUACUUGAACACUGAGCAGAACCAAAUUUCUAAGCAAAAUAAUGAUGGACGAAGAACACGAUAAAGAAAAUGUUCCAAGUAAUGUUGAAAUUACAGCCGGUAAUACGUCAGAUUAUGAUAUAUCCGACCAAGAGUUACUUGGUCUUUCCCGAGGAGGGAUGAACAAACUUGUGAAGGGGAGAAGUGAUGGAGACGAUUUAUGGAAGCGACGUAAGGCGCUGAAGAGAAAACAAUCGUCAGAUGAGCAAAGAGAAGCUGUGAAGAUUAAGAGGCAACAAGAAGAGGAAACAAAAAGAACCGCAGCCUUAAGACCCACACAUCGGAUUGAAGUCUCUGCGAAGCAUAGAGAGAAGUUUGAACGGCUUUUAGAACUGUGGAAAAAUGAUCUUAAUAAAUCGAUAAAAAUAAGAAAUGAUAAUGGCGUGUGUUUCAAAAAAGAGUUCGUGAUAGGCAGGGGCAGUAAUGGCACAGAGGUGUAUAUUUGCUUGGGAUCUGACGGAAUAGAACGAGCGAUAAAACGUUUGCCAAAACAUCUGUGUGAGAAAUUCUUGGCGAAUGAACGAGAUAUCUUGAAUUCUCCGAAUGCAGUCGAGUCGCCACGAAUUGUAAAUUAUUGUUUCUACGAUGUCACUUCCAACCCUGAGUUCGGUUAUUUGAUUCUGAAGUUAUACGAACAGAAUCUUGAAGAAUUUAUCAAGGAGGAAGGCGAAAGGAUGACAGAAUUGCGUGCUAGAAAGAUGAUACGUCAAGUGUUGGAAGGGCUGAAAGCAUUACACGCUAGAGAGCCCAGAAUUCUACACAGAGAUUUGAAGCCAACUAAUAUACUUGUUGAUGUGCAUGGUAAUUUACUCCUGUCUGAUUUUGGUAUUGGACGGUUUUUCCCAGAAGGUAUUUUCACUAGUGAUAUAUAUAUAUAAUUUUUAAACAGAUCUAUUGAAGUAUACAAUUCCCAAUAAGUUAUGUAUCAGUCAAUUCCAGCAUUGCCAUCCCCUCCCUGGGCCACCCCUGGGGAAUUAGCCAUUUCUGGAAAGAAAAUGGUUAUGUCCCCACCCCAGGGAAAGAAGAACUGUGCUCAGGGACGAAACUUGGGGGGUGACACCCCCAAAGUACAAAUCAUUGGGAUUGGCAGGGCAAAUCAUCUGGAUUGGCAAGGCAAUGAAAUAUUUUAAAUGAUAGAAUGUGGAGUUAUUGAGUAGCUUCCAGAGGCAAUUGAAUAGAAUUUAUAGACCAAAAUUUUACAGAUAUUGGUAAAAAUAUAAGGCUUUCAUGCAUGAAAAAUUUUUUCGCCCCUUUUUUGAAUGCCCGGAAAAAAAUUUUUUGACCUCCCCCCAAAGAAAUUUUUUGCUGCAGGGCAUCAUUGGCUUUUGCAGGGCAAUUCUAGCAGAACCCCCCCUAAUUAAAAGAGGCUAGUUUUGCCCUGACUGUACUAAAGCCCCACCUUUGGGCAAACAAGUUGUGUAGUACACAGUUUUACUUCAGUUUUGCAUGUUAUAAUUCUAUGCCUAUGGACAAUAUAAAUGGGGGGGGGGGCAAAAGCAAAAAUAAAAAUCGAGCAGGAAACAGAAAAAAUGAAAAAAGUUUAAAAAAAAAUUUGUGCAGAGACUUUUCAAUAGGGAAAAUUAUAAGUUGUGUAAUGGUGGCCCCCAAAUUUGGAAAAUAAAACUUUUUUGAUAUAAGUAAUGGUGUGAGAAAAAAUUUUCUAAACCUAAAUAUUGCAGAUAUUGGUGCAAAAAACAUGUUCUAAAUUAAUCAUGUUUUAAGAAGAAUUUGUUGGGGAAAAUGUGUUUUGAACUAAACUGAUGUUAGUCCAUAAAAAUUUUUUGACCCUUUUUUAUGUCCUGAAAAAGGUUUCGUACGUUGUUGAUGGUCUGCAAUAACUUAAUAAUAAUAAUGAAAACUUUAUUAAUAGAACAUUUAUAGAUAUAUACAAUUGUAAAUCCCACUUCUUGAGGUAACCUACAGUUGACUACUUGAAUCACUUAUACAUGCAUGGUUAUAAUUUUAUAUACAAAAAUUGUUAAUUAUUUAUAGAAAUAGUUACUUUAAAUGUUCAUUAGUUUGGGAUUUGUCCAUUCUUUAUUUUUACAGCAAAAUAUGUAGUACGUUGAGCGGAUGGCAAUAGAUAUAAUUUUUCUGAUACAAUAUUGUUGGUGUUAUCCAGUCCGAACUCAUUUAGCAUAUUUACGAAUGUAUGACAUUCUUUGUCAAACACCCCUAGCGAACUGACAGAAAGAUUUAUAAACUUAACAGAUAUAAAGUUUUGAUCCAGUUCUCUAAUUAGGUUCUUAUAUUUAGCUUUCUUGCGGUUAACAUUGUUUGUGAGGUUUGAUUCAAAGCCUACGGUAAGUUCAACAAUGUAGAGGUGUUUGUCUGAAGUGGAGACAAGUAAAUCAGGACGAUAUUCAUCUCCCGUAAUAAUUGAGGGGCUUUCAAAUCCAAGAAGAUCAACAUGUAAUUUAAUAAUAAUAAUAAUGAUUUAUUAACAGAUCCAACAAAGUGGCUCUUCCCUAUUAAGUACUACAUUAGUAUUAAUAUUCUACUAACAUUAAUAUUAUAUAAAACUCUACUACUAAUUAUUGUAACUAAAUUAACUAUACUACAAUUUACAAAACCAAAAACAAGUUAUUGCAAUUGUUCCUUAGCUAUGUCCAUAAGGUAGUUCUUUGAUUGUAUGCUAAAUCUAACAAGAGUUUCACAAUUUUUAAUAUCGUUCGGAAGUUUAUUAAAAUAUUUUGAGGCCAAAUCCUGAAAAGUUCCCUUAACUCGAGGAACUGUCAAUUUAGUUGAGUCACUUGAUCGUAGGUUUCUCAAUGGUUUGGCUACUUCCAGGCUGGCAUAUGAUGGCCAAGACCUAUCAUGUAAUGCUUUAUAUGUUGUUUUUAAAAGAUGCCAUUCCCUGCGUUCUUGAACAGGAAGCCAGCCUAUCUUGACAGCAUCUGCUGUAGUUGCAUAGCGUCCUCUACUCAUCAAUGAUCAAAGACAAUGGUACUGAAAGACCAUCCCAAAGAACGAGUGUCAAACCAUUUGCAGACAAAUUCAGUAUCUUUCCAGCGAAAUCUUGCAUGUUAUAGUCAGCCAAUUGCCAUGAUGGAAAACGUCAAAGUCCCCACCCAUGGGCUGAAAAAUUUUUGGCAAUAGCCCACCCCUGAGAUUAGGAAAAGCUGCGAAGGCCCUGGGGGUGGACACUGCUGGAAUUGACUGAUACAUUAGUGUCGAACAGAACUGGCUUGACAUAAAUCUUUUAUUUUUGACCUGGGAUAGUCCAAUUCAUGAACUACAAAGUUGUCCUACAGAAAAAAACAGGAUUUAUUAUUUAACAGGACACACUUCAAUGCAGUGCUAAUUUAUUGGUGUUCAUGUAAUUGAUCCUAUUUAGCAAAACUGGUCUGCAACAUGGUCAUGCAUUUUAGUUAACCUCUCAUGUAAAUCAUGUUGUCCCGGGAAUUGAGGAAAUAUUAACCUGAGUAUUGGGCUGUAUUUUACAAAUAGCCUGACACAAUCCGAUCGCUUUCCACCCACAGCAAAGUUUAUAUUUAGUAUGCAAUCAAAAUGUCACAGGAGAAAUUUAAAUUUCACACAACAACAACAACAACAAUCUAAUUAUAAUUGUGAUCAUUAUAAAAUAUAUCAACAACAAUAGUAUAAUCUAAUUAGCACCAACCAAUCAAAUGACAGAUUAAAAAAUCUUUGUCUCAUAGACCAAUCAGAUUUACAACCGAAAUAUGGUUGUACGACACACGGCUCGAAGUAGAGAAAAAAUAUGGCCUGUCAGUCUAAAAUGUUUUGGCAGGUGAAAUAAAUUUUAUUCAUUGAACUGCCAAAAGUCCAGUGAGUCACAUUGUAAAAAUCAAUGUUUUCAUGACAUGCAUUUUUAUUGUUUUUAAACUUGUCUAUUUUACUACAGUAAACGUGGAUUUAUACAUUUCAAAUAUAUAUAAACGUAUUUAGUCAACUAAAUGAUCUAGUAUAUAUGAGUUGUGGUAAGCAAAUGAAAUUAAAUAUAUCUAUAUAAUUUCACGUGCCAUUUUUUUUACUUUGGCAGUUCAAAUUUGUUUUUGCCUGCCAUUUCUAAAAUAUGGCCUGCUUUUGGCCAUUGGCAGCCCGCUAUUUCGAGCCCUGGUACGACAUGGACUUUUGUUAAGGUUUGUAUCAGGCCUAUUUAUUUAUAUUUCUACGCCUGAUCGCAGGUUAAGGGAAUAUGUUUACCACAUGCCAUAUAUGAGCAGCUAAAUGUAGGAAUUGCACAUCCAUAUAUUCCAUCUAUUCCAGAAAGCAUCUGCAUAACCCCCACAAUUGGGGAAUUAAUUUAAAUUAACCUCUUCCCCAUAGGGCAUCCUAGUACAUUUUCGUAUGAGAAGAAGAUUGUUGUUAAUAAUGGGUCAAUUUUACUAAUUUACAGGUGCAACAACCUACCAAACCAGUAACGAAAGUGGAUCACACGGCUGGAUCGCGUAUGAAUGUAUUGACUGGCGUGGAUUGUUUUCUGAUGAGACACCAAAUGCUUCAGAUACCCCAUUACAACUCAGGUGGAAAGAGAAAUCAGAUAUCCAAGUCGCAGGCAUGCUAUCAUUUUACAUCUUGACCAAAGGAAAACAUCCGUUUGGUCCGAAAAUAGCCCAAUUGAUGAAUUUGCACGAUGACAACCCAGUUGGUUUAAUAAAAGAGCUCAGUGAUCCUGUGGUCAAAGACCUGCUAUCUCAGAUGUUGGCUCGGGAUCUAGAUAAACGACCAUAUGUGGAGCAAGCCUUGAAGCAUCCUUACUUUCUCUCUCUCGAAGAGCAGAUGAAAUUGGUAGAAGCUGUGGGCAACGAACCUAAAUUAAUGAGUUACUGUGGUGUGACCAGACAGCUGAACAACGUUAAUCCAUCCAAACCUCGAAGUCCGUUGUUACCAUUUGAUUGGAAAACAGUGAUUGGCCAUGAUGACCUAAACACAUUGUGUAGAGGAGGCCGCUCCCCGUCAACCUAUGGUGGUAGCCGAUAUACCGAUUGCCUUCGAUUGAUACGAAACACAUUUCAGCAUCGGGAUGGCAAACUGGGUCAAUUGAAAAAGAAGACAUCGACUACUUCUUCUCUUGAGGAAUAUUUCCUUCGAUUAUUUCCAAUGCUCCCACUUGUUCUUCAUCAAAUAAUCAGACAGUAUCCCGACUGGAAAACACUCCCUGCCUUGAAGGAAUUUUUUCCUGAGAUAGACCGUUGUGCAGUAUCUGAUGUAGACUAA